CUCGUCUCGUCUCGUCACCGCCGCCGCAGCGACGGGCAGAGCAUUUUCUGUCCUCCCUCUCUCCGCCUUUCCCGACGACCAUGGCUUCCCGACCUUCCAACGUGCUGGGCAGCUUCGGGUACGACUUGCUGCUCGGAUCGAUCGCCGCGUUCUACGUGUUCACGGUGCCUUAUACUAAGGUCGAAGAAAGCUUUAAUGUUCAGGCGAUGCAUGAUAUUCUCUACCAUCGGCAUCACCUCGACAGGUAUGAUCACCUGGAGUUCCCUGGAGUUGUUCCCCGCACUUUCCUCGGUGCAUUCUUGGUAUCAACUUUGGCGACGCCAGUUGUAUUGAUAAUGAGCUUGCUGCACUUGCCAAAGAUUUAUAGUCUUUAUGCAGUUCGAUUGGUGUUAGGUAGCAUCAUGCUGUUGACACUAAGGUUUUGCAGAAUUCAGGUUAGACAUAAAUUUGGACGUCAAGUAGAAGCUUUCUUUGUAAUCUUAAGCGCGGUUCAGUUUCACUUGCUGUUCUAUUGCACCCGUCCUCUUCCUAAUGUACUAGCACUUGGUCUAGUUAAUAUGGCAUAUGCUUAUUGGAUUAGAGGCAGCUUUUAUGCAACGUUGAACUGUCUGGUGUUUGCAACCCUGGUCUUUCGAUGUGAUAUCUUACUACUUUUGUGUCCUAUAGGCCUUGAACUUCUUUUGACCAGAUCAAUUUCAUUACUUAAAGCUUGUAAAUGGUGCAUUCCAAUGGCCCUUCUAUAUGUAGGUGUUACAACAUUUGUGGAUUCAUUCAUGUGGAAGAGGAUCUUGUGGCCUGAAUUUGAAGUUUUUUGGUUUAACUCAGUUCUCAACCGAAGCUCUGAAUGGGGUACAUACCCAUUUCAUUGGUACUUGACUUCAGCACUACCCCGCGCGCUACUUGGUGCAUAUCCUCUUUCUCUGCUCGGUGUCUUACUUGAUAGAAGAAUGCUAUUUUAUAUCAUCCCUGUGUACUCUUUUGUCCUCCUCUACUCUAAGCUUCCGCAUAAGGAACUCCGCUUUAUUAUUGCUGCUGUUCCAAUUUUCAACUUAUCGGCCGCAGUUGCAGCCAGCAGGAUCUAUAAUAACAGGAAGAAACGUCUAUGGAAUUUGCUCUAUUUCAUCAUGGUGGGCUCGAUUGUUGUCAGUCUAGGGUGCACGGUUAUCACUUUCUUGGCAUCAUAUGAGAACUAUCCCAGUGGCUACGCUUUAAAAUACUUGCAUACAAGUAGGCAGCCCAAGGAAAAUAUAAAAGAGCAGUGGAUCCAUAUAGACUCUUUUUCGGCCAUGAGUGGAAUAUCUCGUUUCUGUGAAGAUGACUCUCCAUGGAGGUACUCUAAAGAAGAACGGAUUCCCUUGGGAGACCUUCAGUUCAGAAAUUUCACGUAUCUUAUCAGUGAGCAUACUGCAGUUGAUGGAUUCAAAUGUUUAUUCUACGUUAAAGGCUUCUCAAGAGUCAGUCUUCAAAUUGCUCUUCCUCCAAUUAUAAUGGUCACGGAACCCAAAGUAUUUGUCCAUGGAAAUUUGAAAAACUUGGAUCAAAUAGAUGAAAGUUGGCCUGGAUGCUUGUGAUUUUAUAAAAGUAUUCUCUGUGGCUCUUAGGACAAUGAGAAAAAAAGAAUAUUUUUAGCAGAAAUGUGCUGUAGCCAGCCCAGCUCGUUGUAUUCUUGGAAGGCCAGCUUGAUUUCCCAGACACGCUACUUGAGAAGGCCAAUUUCUUGCUUGAGAUGGAAAUCUUUCUGGUGUGAUGCAUGAAAAGAAGCUUUAAGCAUCGGGAGCUACUUUGAGUCGGAAGAAUGCACCAGCAGCAUCUGGUUUUGUUUCAAGAUAAAUCGUUAAGUGUCAUGUAAUAUAGAAUUGCUUUUCUUGAACAUGUACUAUGGUCUCGUGGGAGUCAAUCAUUUUGCUUCUACUGGUGCUACUACCUGCGGAAACAAAGAAUAAGAUGUGCGGAGAUGUGCACCGCUGUGACUAUUUUCGGGCCAAAUUAAGUCAUUUUUCCUCUAAUUGA